AUGCCGACCAACGGGCCCCACCAGGUGCUGAAGAUCCAGUUUGGCCUGGUCAAUGCCACUGACCGCUACCUGACAGCAGAAAACUUUGGCUUCAAGGUCAACGCCGCGGCACUGAGUCUCAAGAGGAAGCAGCUCUGGGUGCUGGAGCCCUACCCCGGCCACAGCUCAGCUGUGCUGUUCCGCAGUAGCCACCUGGGCCGCUACCUGGCAGCCAAGGAGGAUGGACGUGUGUCCUGUGAGGCUGAGCAGCCAGGCCCUGACUGCCGCUUCCUGGUGCGGCCACAGCCCGAUGGGCGCUGGGUCUUGCAGUCGGAGCCACAUGGCCGCUUCUUUGGCGGCACGGAGGACCAGCUGUCCUGCUUCGCCACAGCCAUCUCCCCUGCCGAGCUGUGGACCGUGCACCUGGCCAUCCACCCACAGGCCCACCUGCUGAGCGUGAGCCGGCGGCGAUAUGUGCACCUGUGCCCCCAGGAGGACGAGAUGGCAGCGGACAGCAACACACCCUGGGGUGUGGACGCGCUAGUCACGCUCACCUUCCAGAAUCGCCGGUACUGCCUGCGUGCCCGCGACAGCCGCUAUCUGCGCAGCGAUGGCCGCCUUGUUUGGGAGCCUGAGGCCCAUGCGUGCUACACACUCGAGUUCAAAGCUGGCAAGCUGGCCUUCAAGGACUGCGACGGCCGCUACCUGGCACCCGUGGGGCCCGCCGGCACCCUCAGGGCAGGCCGUAAUCUGCGGCCCAGCAAGGAUGAGCUCUUUGACCUGGAGGAGAGCCAUCCACAGGUGGUGAUGGUGGCUGCAAACCGCCGCUACGUAUCCGUGCGGCAAGGGGUCAAUGUCUCAGCCAAUCAGGAUGAAGAAUUGGACCAUGAGACCUUCCUGAUGCAAAUUGACGGAGAGACAAAGAAGUGUACCUUCUAUUCCAGCACUGGGGGCUACUGGACCCUGGUCACCCAUGGGGGCAUCCAGGCCACAGCCACACAAGUUUCCGUCAACACCAUGUUUGAGAUGGAGUGGCGCGGCCGGCGGGUGGCGCUCAAGGCUAGCAAUGGGCGCUAUGUGUGCAUGAAGAAGAACGGCCAGCUGACAGCCAUCAGCGACUUCGUGGGUGAGAAGCGUUCCCUGUCUGCUGGGGGGCUUCGGGGAGACCUCAGUGCUGUCAACCCUGUCCCUCCAGGCAACGAUGAGGAGUUCACCCUCAAACUCAUCAACCGGCCCAUCCUGGUGCUGCGAGGUCUGGACGGCUUUGUCUGCCACCGCCGGGGCUCCAACCAGCUGGACACCAACCGUUCCGUCUACGACGUCUUCCAUCUGAGCUUCAGCGACGGUGCCUACCAGAUCCGAGGUCGCGGCGGCGGCUUCUGGAACACCGGCAGCCACGGCACCGUGUGCAGCGACGGCGAGCGCGCCGAGGACUUCCUCUUCGAGUUCCGCGAGCGUGGCCGUCUGGCCAUCCGCGCCCGGAGCGGCAAGUACCUGCGCGGCGGCGCCUCGGGCCUGCUGCGCGCCGAUGCCGACGCCCCGGCCGGGGUGGCACUCUGGGAGUACUGA